AUGAGGGCAGACAUUGUGGUAGCCAAGGACGGGUCCGGAAAAUUCAAGACUGUGAACGAGGCAGUCGCUGCAGCACCUGAGAAUAGCGAUAGGAGAUUUAUCAUAUAUGUAAAAAAAGGCGUUUACAGUGAGAACACUGAAAUUGAGAAGUUGAAAACGAACUUAACGCUCAUUGGCGACGGUAGUAACGAAACUAUUCUCACUGACAACUUAAACUUCAAGGACGGAUACCCCAUCACGAAGUCCGCAACCUUUGCCACUAAUGCCAAGGGAUUUAUGGCGGUUGACAUUUGCUUUCGGAACACGGCUGGGCCGGAGAAAGAACAAGCUGUGGCACUCCACGUGACCGGUGAUGUCUCGGUUAUGUAUCGGUGUCGCAUAGACGGCUACCAAGACUCACUUUUUGCCGAUAUAAAUCGACAAUUUUAUCGCGAUUGUUAUAUCACAGGAACAAUCGAUUUCAUCUUUGGAAAUGCUGCGGCGGUAUUCCAAAACUGCCAGAUAGUGGCGCGGAAGCCUUUAAGCGGUCAAUUCAAUGUCUUGACGGCUCAAGGACGAACUCAACGCAACCAAACCUCUGCCUUUUCGCUUCAAAAGUGUAGUAUAACGGCGAGUUCCGAUCUUGUUCCAACCAAGAAAACAGUGAAAACAUUCCUAGGACGUCCAUGGAAGGAUUUCUCAAGAGUAGUAAUUAUGCAGUCUUUUAUAGACGAUCUCGUUGAUCCACAAGGUUGGGCGCCUUGGGACAACAAUACUAGACGUCUAUCAACUCUGGUUUAUAAGGAAUUUGAGAAUCAUGGUCCUGGAGCAGACACUAGUAACAGGGUCACAUGGCCAGGUUACAAAGCAGUUAAUGAUCCAAAAGAAGCAACAAAAUUCACUGUGACUAAUCUCAUUGAAGGAGAUUUAUGGCUUAAUUAUACAGGAGUACCUUAUGAGAAAGGGCUUUAA